CUCUUACUUCAACUACAGUGGCAACCGCUCUCAUGGGGCUCUUUGGGAAGAAGGGCAAUGGCAGUCGCGUGGCGGAGGGUGGAGGUGGAGCACUGGCUGCAGCCUCGCCCUUGACUACUGCAUCACCUCUGAAAGGCAAGAGCGGAGAUCUGGAGCUGUUCGGCGCCGACAGCGACGACAGUGACGAUGACGCGACAAUCGAUCGCUAUGCGAAGGACGGCGGGGACGAGGAAAUGGACGAGAAAGAGGCAGCAGAAGCUGAGAAGAGGAAAGUGGCAGUACUAAACUCGAAGGUAAGGAGCAGGAUGAGAGGGACAGGGUGUACCCACGAUGACAAUGUCAACUGCCACGUAGUUAUCGCCGGAGGAUUUAUUCAAGAAGUACGAUACAGAUGGAUCAGGAAAUAUAUCAGCUCCCGAGUUCCUGGCUAUGCUGCCGGAUCUGGGGAUCUCCAUCUCGGCUGCAAAAGCUAUGCGAAUAUUCCGCAAAUGUGAUACUGACGGCGGUGGCGAGAUUGAUCUCACCGAAUUCAAGAUGGCAAUGUUUGCUGUGGAUCCUGUGUCGGGUAACCCAUUGGGUUUCUCUCCGUCGACACUAUUGGGUCCUCGUGAUGCCUUCGAGCUAUUUGAUGAAGAUGGCACUGGACAGAUCGACGAGCUUGAGUUUGCAGACGUGCUGGAAUACUUUGGCAUGGAUGUAAGCGACGAAAAGCAGGAGAAAAUCUUCAAAAAAUAUGACAAGGACAAGAGUGGACACAUCGAUUACCAGGAGUUUCGUUCCAUGUGGAUCAAACUGGUGGAUGUGCGAGAAGAACUCACGAAGCGAGGGGUAGAAGUACCGAAACAUACACGAUUGGUGAAACUGCAGCAAAUGCUAGAAACGAUUUUGGAUGAAGAAGAAGCUCGAGAAGCAGCGGCACUCGAGGAAGCUAAGAGGUUCCUACAACGACAGCGUGAUAAAGAACUUCGAGAGCAAUUGGGUCGCAAGGCGAUCGUACGGGCUGAAGACGAGUUGGCAGCUGCCCUGGACGCGGCGGGGCAAGUGUACAUAAUAGGAAGUGGCAAAUACGACCAGUUUAUUGACGACCCCGUCACUCGAGAUGAAGAUCUGUUUCCAGGGUUCAAGGCUGUGAGCGAGAUCUGGUCUUACCGCGUGAAUCCAAUCAUUCAAGAAGUCCAUACAAUAAAACCGAAAGCAGCAACGACAGACCACAAGCAAGCGAAAGAUACUGAACUGAGCCCUGAAGCAGCUAACAAGUCAGCACCAAAAAACCAAGAAGUGAAGAACACAGAUCCCCCACCUGGAAAUCAACUAAAUGCUCCAGCGUCCAAGUAUGUGCGUCGGAGAGUGGAGAAUAAGCGCUGGAAGUUUCAAAGUCCCCCCAGGUUAAACAAACAGACAAUUUCGGAGACCAAGAUACUUAUCCGAGCGAUAUCUCGUGAGAUGGAUAACGCUAAUGAACGCAACGAUGGAGAGAAGGGUGCAGUGAACAGUCCCACGAAUUCGUCUGAAGUCGUAGAAAUAACCCAUGACGAGAACAACCAAGAAGAGGAGGAAUUGGCCAAGCUGUUCUUUGAGAAUCGAGAGUUUGUUCGAAGCCUGAGGUUUCGAUCUACCACUUUGAUGACAAAUACGGGGCCGUUGUGGGGUAAAAGUGUCGUGCAAGGUGCGAUCAGUGACAGUGUCGCCUUUGCUGUCACAAGUUCGGGCAGUGUAUUCAGCUGGGGAGGAAGGAGUAGUACAUGGGAGGCGUCUAAUCGACGAGUAUCUGGUUUUGAUAGUGAUUCGGACGAUAGUAUUGAUGAUACUGGCCAGGAGAAAGAUAAAAAGAUAUCCGAGUUUGGUAUGCAAACCAAGGUUACUCCUCGUUCAGCAUUACAAAAGAUGUGCACACCCGAGCAGUUGGAAGGACUGCGAGAUCCUGACGUGGAAGCGAGGGAAGAAGUACUUCUAGAGAUCGAAGCCCGUCAAAACGAGGAGAACCAACGCUAUGAAAGGCUGAAGCGAGUAGCUAUGUACUACGACGUGUGGGAGCCACCUCCUAGCAACGCGACUCGAUUGCUGUUUAUGGAACAAGUUGUGUUACCUAAGAUUGAAUACGAGCAGCUUGUUACGUCAGGCCAACUUCGUGGUCUUGAGUUUCAGAAAAUCACCAAAAUGGACUUAUCUCUCGCUUUGGGAGAAUGCUUUGAGCUGGAAAUCGAAGUGAAGGGCGAGGCUGGACACGCUGCGUUUAAGGAAAUGGAAAGAGUGAUCAAUGAAUACAGUCAAGAUAAAAAACGUAUCCAAGAGAAGCAAACGAAUAUGCUCCAAGCGGAAAAAGAUAAGAUGUUGCAGGAGUGGCAAGACGUCAAAACCUUGCGAGAGAGUCGACAUGCCAAGGAAGAAGAGGAUGCAAGAGCCAGAGUUAUUGAAAAGAUAAACCGUGCGGACCGCGCAUACGAGUCAAGAGCUGCUCGAAGAGUUGUUCAGAUGGAAGAUAUGGUUCCAGAAUUUACUACUAGAGGAGAGAAUUCGCGGAUUGAGAUGAGCGGCAUUACAACCAGAGGACCACCACUACACUCACCUCGAGGUUCAAUAGCCAUAGCAAGUGUUUCAGCAGGAGGUUCUCAUGUGGCAUUGCUGACGCAAGACGGAUCUCUUUACUCCUGUGGAAUCGGUUCGAGCGGACGUCUUGGCCUUCAACCAAAUGAGCGAGGAGCAAAUUGCUUUGACUCAAAUCAUCCGCAACGUGUCCAAGCAUUCAAUGGUUUAAAUCUUCGUCAAGUCUCGUGCUCUUUUUCCCACAGUGCAGCUAUUGAUUCGGAAGGUUCACUAUACACGUGGGGGUCAGCAUGUACUGGGAAACUGGGAGUCGGUAUUGUGGAGGACGAGUACAAGCAGUAUUCAAUGACGCCACUUCUUGUCAAAUUCCCGGGGAAACGCAGGAUUCGAUCAGUAUCAUGUGGACCUUCACAUACUGGAGCAGUCUCGACAGCGGGGGAGCUGUUCAUGUGGGGUUCGGCAAAUGGAGGGCGUCUUGGUCUUGGUCAACACGUAAUCGACAUUGUAGUUGUCCCAACACUAGUGAGAGAUCUCGUCAAUAAGAAAAUUCGAGUAUGGCAAGUGUCAUGUGGGACGGCACAUUCAGCAUUCUGUACUGAGGUGACGUCCGAAUUUAACGGAGGGAGCAAAAAGCUGCUUGGUGGCCAAGUCUACGUGUGCGGAGGUGCAACUGCACUAAGUCGGUACGUGUUAUCGUGGGAACGAAUACCGCAAUUGGAUGGUGUUGGUGUUCGUCAGGUGUCGUGUGGUGGUAGCCAUACUGCUGCUGUUUCGUCUUAUGGAGAACUCUACACGUGGGGUCGAAAUUAUCAUGGCUGCACGGGUCACGAUGCGAGUCGUCGAUUUAUUGAGAAACCGGAGCUCCUAAAGUGCCUCCAUGUGGAGCCUUAUAACCUCGCAUUAGGCAAAAUCUGUCGUCAAAUCAGUAUUUACAACGAGCAGGGACCUCAAUUAGCAGUCAAUGGGGAUAUUGAGGGCGCUUUAGCUACUUGUACCCACACUCAGAUGGAAGACAAACCAUGGUGGGAAGUCGACCUUGGACAACCUGCAGUCAUUGAGAAAAUUCGGCUGUGGAACCGGACGGAUGAGCCGUUAAACCCGUCAAAAAGCAGAUCCGAGUACAGCGGCCGCUUGUUUCCGUGCUGGGUCUUCGUGAGUGAAUUUGCGUUCAAAGAUCUGGAAGGCAAAGAAGGUCUGCGAGCAGCAAAAGUGCAGUCAAGUGCGUUCGAGUUGUUCCGAACCAACAAGCGUAUGACCGAGUGGAUACUUCCAACAGCUAAUGCGGUGGGUCAGUUCGUCCGGGUACAGCUGCAAAACAAGAACUUCCUCCAUUUCGCACAAGUAGAAGUGUUUGGCGUCUACUCGGCCUUCAAAUAUGUUGGCAAAGUUGGUGCUGUACAAUGUAGCACAGACGCCACACUGGUAAUCAUGUCUCCUAUAUCGACCCAAAGGUGCGUUCAGUUGCAAUACAAUGCCGUUUCCAUUAGUACCUCACUUUCGUUGCAGCGUGCUGGAUGAUUACUAUCUCCGCGCCAUCCAAGCUGAUGCCGACCACGCCUCAAUUCUUCGCCAAUACGACGCAUACGAGCGAUCGUUCCGCAAGUUUGGUCGUGGCACUGCAGAAACACUUGACGGACCGUGUCGCCUUUGUCGUGUCUUUCGUGACUGUGAAAUCUGUGAGUUCUACGCGUCCGCCAAAUACAGUCGUCGUGCUGCUAGCGACAAUGGACAGAAGCCACUUCCUGUUCGCCUCGUAGGAGAUCGCAUGGGGCUUAAGGAACUUGUACAAGUGGCAAUGGCGGAAGGCACAUUAGAAGCUGAGCAGCAGGAACAACUUCGUCAAGAACAAGAAGCCGCCGAUAUUGCUCGAGAAGCUGAGGCUGAGCGGCAACGUGCGGAGGAACAGGAGCGCAACAAGCGGCAAAGUCGGUUGCUAAAUCCCUUCCAGGGACUCAAUUUUCGCAACAAGAAAACUUAGCAAAAUAUUGGCUUGCGUCUUAUUCAAGUCUUUAUAUUUUGCGGGUUAAAUCGUUUUAAACCAUCCCAAAUUGCUGGGUUUUGAAACAAAUGUAUUGGUGAAUUGACAGAA